AUGGACCAAAUUGCUCCUUGCAUUCAUGAUGAGCUUGCCUUGUUUGUUCAGAAAUAUAGAAGGGUUGUCAAAGGUAAAACCAAAGUCACUAGGAAUUGUCAAAAUCUUCCUAGCUCGUCUACAUGUGUGUCUCAAGACAAUGUUUUUAAGGAGAUGAAUUUUUUGGACUCUUAUGGCUUUAGGGAGGACAAAAGUUUGAAGGGUCUUGUAAAGUGCUAUCUAUGUGGUGGUGCUGGUCACACUUAUGUGGAAUGUGCAAAUAACCACAUGAUAAAGUCUAAUGGGAGAGAAGAGUCAAUUAAUGCACAAUGGAGUGAUAGUGAUAGUGUUGAUUCCAAUAACUAUAUCACUUCAUCUUUUGAAGAGACAAAUAAUUUUGCCCUUGUUGGUUCUGUUCAUAACUCUAGCAUUGCUAGAGUUCAUGUAGUUAAGGAAGGAAAAUCUGAUUCAAAAAAUGAAUUUGUGUCUAAAGAUGAUAGGCAGGAUGACCAGUCAUACCUGGGUAUGUGUGAAAAGUAUGAUAUCCUUUUUACUGAAACUUCCAAGCUUAAGGAAAGAAAUUUCCUACUUGAAAGGAAGGUAAAGAACCUGGAAAUUCUUAAUUGCACUUUUAAAGAAGCAAAUAAUGAAUUGAGUGAAAAUAUUGAGACCUUGAAGAGUGAAAAGGAUUCAUUGAUUGUCAUUAAAAAUGACAUUUCAAACCAAUUGAAUGUGCUCAAGGAAAACAACUUGGUUUUCCAUGCCUCCAACAAGAAUUUGUUGACUCAGAUAAAUGAGGCAAAUGACAUGGUGAUCAAGCUUACCAUAGGGGCUAAAAAGGUGGAUAAAAUGUUGAAUAUGGGUAAGGUUCAUGGAGACAAAAUUGCUUUUGGUUAUGGUUGUUCUAGUUCAUAUGCCCCUCCUCAUUUGACCACAUUUGUCAAGGAGUCAAAUACAAAGUUUGAUGUUUUAGAGCCAACUAGGACUCAAAGAUUCAUUCCUACUUGUUACCAUUGUGGUGUGAAAGGUCAUAUUCGACCUAGGUGUAAUGCUCUAAGGAAUGUGUCUAGAGCAACCGAUGCAAAUGGCUUUAAGAACCAUAUUUCAUCUCUUAAAACAUGUGAGCUUGCAAAAUUUGACACAUUAGACCCAAAGUGUUUUGAGCUUAGGAAUUUUGAGCAAAAGCCUUUUGUUCAUUUCAAGAAAGUAAAUGAUGACUCACUUCAAACUCAAGUAAAUGAUCUUCUUUAUAAAGUUGUCAAAAUUCCUACGGUGUUCUCUUUGCCUCAUGAAGUCUCAAAAGUAAAGCAAGUUUGGAUCAAGAAGGAAGACCAUGUUCUUCCUCAUGUUGGUGACUAG